AUGUCUGAACUAAGUUCAUUUUUAGAAAAGAGAGUGCAUGUGAUAACAUCAGAUGCUAGGUUUUUCGAAGGGAAAUUAGAAGGAUAUGAUAAAUCAACAAACAUAAUACUAAGUAAUUGUAUUGAAAGAAUCAUUUACUCCAAAGAUGAUGAAGGAGAGGAAAAUGAAGAAAUAUCAUUGGGAGUUUAUAUAAUGCGUGGUAAUGAAAUUGUAUGUGUGGGAGAAAUAGACGAUGAGUUAUACAAGUCGAUCAAUUGGGAAACAUUAAAAGGUCAUGCUUUGAAAACUACGAAAAAUUCAUUAAAAUAA